GGGGAAGCGAAGGGGAACCGCCGAGUGGAGGGAAGCAAGGAAGGGGGACCCGACAGCGGCCCUCAGUAGCACCCGGGGCGGCUCAUCUCUCCCCUCACACCUGAGGGAGACGAUUCAAGCGAGGGGGGGCGGCAUUCAUGGGCUUUCCUUUGAACCCCUGAGAGGAAAACCAGCCUCGGAGGAGGGGGAAAGGAAACCAGGGGGGUGUCAAAAGAAAUUUAAUUUCUCCUCCCUUAAAUAUCGGGCUUCCUCUGCGGCCCCCCCACAAAACACAGUUUGAUCUAAAAGGGGCUGAGGUGACAAUCCCCCCCCCCGUGUCUCUUUAGCAGAGGAGGGUGUCCACUGCUGGGCCUUCUUGGAUCUGCCCCCAGGAAGCAGCGUGGGGGGGACAACCCUUCCCCUCCCUCAGCAUCUUUCCUCAGGGAGGGGUGGCUUUUUUUUUACACCCCCCCCUUAAAAAGUCUCCUCUGGCUCUUUCUAUGGUGACAAAUCGGAAGCGGCGCGGGGAUCCGUAGGGGAGGGGGGGAGGCAGGGCGAGGUGGCCGGCGGAGGCUUCGCUCCUGUUCCUGCAAAGGAGGAAGAGGAAGAGCGAGAGGGAAGCAGCCGGGGACGCGCCGGGCAGGGCACCGCUCGCUGCUGCUGGGCCGCUUCAGCCAUGGAGAACGGGCACACCAAGACGGUGGAGGAAGUCUUGACUUAUUUCAGCGUCAACGAGAGCACCGGGCUUAGCCUCGAGCAGGUCAAGAAGCUCCGGGAGAGGUGGGGAGCCAACGAACUACCAGCUGAAGAAGGAAAAACUUUACUUGAGCUUGUGAUCGAGCAGUUUGAAGAUUUAUUAGUCAGAAUUUUGUUGUUGGCAGCAUGUAUAUCUUUUGUGUUGGCCUGGUUUGAAGAGGGUGAAGAAACAGUAACAGCCUUUGUAGAACCUUUUGUAAUUUUACUCAUAUUAGUUGCUAAUGCAAUUGUGGGUGUGUGGCAGGAGAGAAAUGCUGAAAAUGCUAUUGAAGCUCUUAAAGAAUAUGAACCUGAAAUGGGUAAAGUAUAUCGACAAGACAGAAAAAGCGUACAAAGGAUAAAAGCGAGAGACAUCGUCCCUGGUGAUAUUGUGGAAGUAGCUGUUGGUGACAAGGUCCCUGCUGACAUAAGAAUUACUUCUAUAAAAUCCACAACGCUAAGGGUAGACCAAUCAAUUCUUACAGGUGAAUCCGUGUCUGUAAUUAAGCACACAGACCCCGUGCCUGAUCCUCGUGCGGUGAAUCAAGACAAGAAGAACAUGCUCUUUUCUGGUACAAACAUUUCUGCAGGCAAAGCCAUGGGUGUGGUUGUGGCAACAGGGGUAAACACUGAAAUUGGCAAAAUACGUGAUGAAAUGGUGGCUACUGAGCAAGAGAGGACGCCACUUCAGCAGAAGUUGGAUGAGUUUGGGGAGCAGCUGUCAAAGGUCAUCUCGCUUAUAUGCAUUGCUGUGUGGAUAAUCAACAUUGGUCACUUCAAUGAUCCUGUCCAUGGUGGCUCUUGGAUUCGAGGUGCCAUCUACUACUUCAAAAUUGCCGUUGCAUUGGCUGUGGCUGCAAUCCCUGAAGGUCUGCCCGCUGUCAUUACCACCUGUUUGGCUCUGGGAACUCGCCGAAUGGCCAAAAAAAAUGCAAUCGUUCGAAGCCUGCCAUCUGUGGAAACUCUGGGCUGCACUUCUGUCAUUUGCUCGGACAAGACCGGCACUCUUACCACCAACCAGAUGUCUGUUUGCAGGAUGUUCGUUGUGGACAGAGUGGAAGGCGAUAGCUGUUCUUUGAAUGAAUUUACAGUGUCUGGCUCAACAUAUGCUCCUAUGGGAGAAGUGCAUAAAGAUGACAAACUUGUCAGAUGCUCUCAGUAUGACGGCCUUAUAGAACUGGCAACUAUUUGUGCUCUCUGCAACGAUUCUUCUCUGGAUUUCAAUGAGGCUAAGGGAGUGUAUGAGAAAGUUGGAGAAGCAACAGAGACUGCCCUCACUUGUCUGGUUGAGAAGAUGAACGUAUUCGACACAGAAUUGAAAGGAUUGUCCAGAAUUGAACGAGCAAAUGCUUGCAAUUCGGUGAUAAAGCAACUCAUGAAGAAAGAAUUCACUCUUGAAUUCUCAAGAGAUAGAAAGUCGAUGUCUGUUUACUGUUCUCCUAACAAGCCCAGUCGGACAGCCAUGAGCAAGAUGUUCAUUAAGGGUGCUCCCGAAGGUGUGAUCGACAGGUGUACACACAUCCGGGUUGGAAGCACUAAAGUGCAAUUGACACAAGGUAUUAAGCAGAAGAUUUUGACUGUCAUUCGAGAGUGGGGCACGGGCAGAGACACUCUGCGAUGUCUAGCUCUGGCAACACAUGACAAUCCACCUAGGAGGGAUGAAAUGAACCUGGAGGAUUCUGCAAACUUCAUUAAUUAUGAGACCAAUUUGACCUUCAUUGGGUGUGUGGGGAUGCUGGAUCCCCCUAGAAUUGAAGUGGCUUCAUCCAUAAAACUAUGCAGGCAAGCUGGCAUUCGUGUGAUCAUGAUAACCGGAGACAACAAGGGGACUGCAGUGGCCAUCUGUCGUCGCAUUGGCAUCUUUGGGGAAGAUGAGGAUGUCACCACGAAAGCCUUCACUGGCCGUGAAUUUGACGAACUCUCCCCAGCAGCCCAGAGAGAUGCUUGCCUAAAUGCCCGCUGUUUUGCCCGUGUGGAACCUUCCCAUAAAUCUAAAAUUGUCGAGUUCCUGCAGUCUUUUGAUGAGAUAACAGCUAUGACUGGCGAUGGUGUGAAUGAUGCCCCAGCCCUGAAGAAAGCAGAGAUUGGAAUUGCAAUGGGGUCUGGGACUGCGGUAGCAAAGACAGCUUCAGAAAUGGUGCUGGCAGAUGACAAUUUCUCAACUAUCGUAGCUGCUGUGGAAGAGGGUCGUGCAAUUUACAAUAACAUGAAACAGUUCAUUCGCUACCUCAUCUCAUCAAAUGUUGGGGAGGUUGUAUGUAUCUUCCUGACUGCUGCUCUGGGUUUCCCUGAAGCUUUAAUCCCCGUCCAGCUGUUGUGGGUAAACCUUGUGACUGAUGGUCUCCCUGCCACGGCCCUGGGAUUCAACCCCCCUGAUCUGGACAUCAUGGACAAACCUCCUCGCAAUCCUAAAGAGCCCCUGAUCUCUGGCUGGCUCUUUUUCCGUUAUUUGGCAAUUGGAUGCUACGUUGGUGCUGCUACAGUGGGGGCUGCUGCCUGGUGGUUUAUUGCUGCUGAUGGUGGCCCAAGAAUUACCUUCUACCAGCUGAGCCAUUUCCUGCAGUGCAAAGAUGAAAACCCAGAUUUUGAAGGUGUUGACUGUGUGGUCUUUGAAUCUCCCUAUCCUAUGACAAUGGCUCUUUCUGUCUUGGUCACUAUUGAGAUGUGCAAUGCCCUCAACAGCCUGUCGGAGAACCAAUCCUUGUUACGGAUGCCUCCUUGGGAGAAUGUCUGGCUGCUGGGUUCCAUUUGCUUGUCCAUGUCUCUUCAUUUCCUCAUCCUUUAUGUGGAGCCACUUCCACUGAUCUUCCAAAUCACACCUCUGAAUCUGACCCAGUGGCUGAUGGUUUUGAAAAUCUCACUACCUGUCAUUCUGCUGGAUGAGACACUUAAAUUUGUGGCGCGUAACUACUUAGAACCUGGUAAAGAGAGUCUGCCUCCUGCCACCAAACCGCGUCCUCUGUCUGCAUGCACUGAAGGGAUUUCCUGGCCGUUUGUACUCAUUACCUUGCCCUUGGUUAUCUGGCUGUAUAGCACAGACACUAACUUUAGUGACAUGUUCUUGUCUUGACCUGAAGUGAUAACAGUUUGACAAAGAUGUUUAACUUAAUCAAUUUUUUUAUUGUUUAAAGCAAUUGUCUUAUUCUGCUGAAUUUUCACAUGAACAUAUUUGCCGGUGACUGAGGUUUCAUAUUCCUAGAUUUUUGGGUUUUCUUUUUUUUCCCUGACUCCAGUAGGGGAGCAGUAUUUUUUCCCCUCUUUUAUACACGACUAGGGUGUCCAUUGACAUGUACAGAGAAAUUAACACUAUUUUAUGCAAAUAUUUUUUGUAGAGGAGAAGCAUGUACAGUGUUCUGUUUAAUAGUUAACUCAUCCUUGUAAAAACAAAAGUGUUUUGCGGGGAGGGGGGGAGUGCCAGUGGACACUAUUUAGCAAACUUUGAUUGGUAGCAGAUUUUAGGGAAUGAAUGUUUUUGUGUGUCUUUUUUUCUCUCAAACUAAAAGCAUGCAGUUGUGUGUGUCUUCUGCAUGGUCAUCUAAAAUUAAUUUGUCAUUCAGUUGGGCUUUUUCUGCACUGGGCAGAAUAUAUGGCUACCUCAGCGUUAUUUCUAGUCCCCCCUCCUCUGUUCUUCUUCCCAUCUUCUCCUCCCCUUCCUGUACUUUAGGUUCUUACUUAAUUUUGUUUACACCUGUCUUUAUGAGAGGUAUGUCUAUUCUUGCUAGUGCAGAAAAUAUCAUUCCAAGUGCAACCUGUUAAUGUUGUAUGGUGGUGUUUCUGCCCCCGCAUCUCCCCUUAACACAAGUAGAGAUUUUUUAAAAAGAUUAUUUAUUUAAAUGUCUUAUUUUUAUUGUAACAGCAUAGUUUCACCAGCAUUGCCUGUUCUGGGAGGGUGGGGGAGAAGCAGUAGAGGGAGAAGGCGACCUGAAUGGACUUCAAGGAAGGAGUAAAAAAUAAUAAUAAAAAUUUAAUUAAGAGAUUUCUAUGGCUUUCUUUUCAUUAAGCCCUAGGAAAUUUAGUUCCUUCUUAAUUACCAAUUUUCAUGUGUCAAACUUUCUGUUCCUUGUUUUUGUUUUUAAAUCUGAGCAUUUGGUAAUGGGACCAGGAAGCAAACAACUCAGAUUUGCACAGCUGGAGAUCUCAAAUGUUUUUUUUGCUUAUCCUCUAACUGUCAGUGACACAUCUUGGGACAUAGUCUGCUGGCCACUUUCUUCUAGUCUGAUGUGGAAAAGUAACCAAUUUCUCUGUGUGUGUGUGUGUGUGUUUUGUAAAAUCUGUAAAUACCACAUGACCAAAUGAACAUAUUGUAUAGAACUAUUUUUAUUUUUAAUGUGGCACUAACCACCGUCAUUCUAUUAAGAUAAAUGUUAGCGCAUGAUGUCGUGUUCUUCCCCUCCAAAUUGAGUCCUGUACCAACAAUGUGUAAGUUCAUUAACAUUCCUAACUGUGUGGUGUUUCUCUCCAAUGCCUUCCAACAUUCAUCGACUGAAGUGAGUAUUUCUUUUCCAUUUCACCAUUCCAGUGGUGAUGUGCUGUUUUUUUAAAAAAAGCAUAUGCUGUAUACAUGUCAAAGAAUAAAUGCUAAUUUUUCCUCCA